CCAAUCACGUGACAGUUAACUAUGGCUUCCUUCUCGUAGUGAUAGAGGCUUUCUGUUGACAACAAGGCAAUAUUAAAGAUUUAUUCAUUUACUUGCCUUUUUUUACACAAGUUGGACUCACGAUGCAGAAGAUAAAGUCUCUUAUGGCCCGCCAGGGCCUCAAAAGCCCCCAGGAGAGCAUGGCUGAUCUGAGUCCAAUGGAGAACCUAAGGAUCCCGAGCACGGAGGAGUUGCGGGAGCUGAGGCAGCAGCCCAUCGACCCCCAGGCGGAGCAGGAAAUCAUUGACAGCAUCGAAGAGGUCUACUUCUCCAACGACUCCUUCGACAUGGUGCGGCACGAACUGGAGAAGCUCCCACCUGAGCUGAACCUUCAGGAACUGGAAGAGUACAGAGACAAACUCAAGAGACAACAGGCUGCAGUUUCUAAAAGGGUCGCUGAUCUCAUUCUGGAGAAGCAGCCUUCUUAUGUCAAGGAACUGGAGAGAGUGACAGCAUUACAGACCAAUCUGCAGCUGGCAGCAGUCAUUUGCACUAAUGCAAGAAGACAACUCAAAGUUUCCAAGGAGGAGUUCACAGAGGCCAGUCUGGGUCUGUUAGCCAAUCAGAGGAGGCGACAGCUGCUGACAGGGCUGCUCAAGUCACUGAGGACCAUCAAGACCCUGCAAAGGACAGAUGUAAGACUCAGCGAGAUGCUCGAGGAGGAAGACUAUCCAGGUGCAAUCCAGCUUUGUCUGGAAUGUCAAAAGGCGGCCAGCACCUUCAAACACUACAGCUGCAUCAGUGAGCUGAACUCUAAACUACAAGACACUCUUGAGCAAAUAGAGGAGCAGCUUGAUGUCGCCCUGUCAAGGACUUGUAAGCACUUUGAUGUGUUGCACUACACCAAGGUCCAGAAGGCGUACACGCUCCUUGGGAAAACCCAGACUGCUAUGGAUCAGCUGCACAUGCACUUCACCCAGGCUAUCCACAACACAGUGUUCCAGGUCGUCCUGGGGUAUGUUGAGCUGUGUGCUGGCAACGCGGACACCAAGUUCCAGAAGAUGCAAUAUAAGGACUUGUGCACGCACAUCACCCUCGACAGCUACAUCCCCUGCCUGACAGAUCUCUGCAAGGCUCUUUGGGAGGUGAUGCUGAGCUACCACCGCACCAUGCAGUGGCAUGAAGAGCAUGACAAACAGAAGGCUGUAUCAUCACAAGAUGAUGCAGCAGGAGAGCCUGAUGAGUUGACUGUGGACCGCAGCUAUGUGAAGAAAAAGCUGGAGCAUGGACUGACGCGGAUCUGGCAGGAUGUCCAGUUAAAGGUGAAGGUGUAUAUUCUGGGAACGGACAUGUCAAACUUCAAAUACGAUGAUUUCAUAGUGGUACUAGAUGUCAUCAGCAGGUUGAUGCAGGUUGGUGAGGAGUUCUGUGGCAGCAAGUCAGAGGUUCUGCAGGAGUCUAUCAAACGCCAGAGUGUGAACUACUUCAAAAACUAUCACAGAGCACGACUGGAAGAGCUUAGGAUGUUUCUGGAAAACGAGACAUGGGAACUAUGUCCAGUCAAGUCCAACUUUAACAUUGCCCAGCUCCAUGAGUUCAAGUUCAUGGGCCAGUGCCGCUCUCCCUCCGUUUCCCCAAGCAGACAGGCUGCCUCCUCAGCUGGCCCGGCUCUGGAGGAGCUGUCACUUUUCCAGCAGUAUCAUCAGGACGGGAACCCCUUUGAGAUGCACAUUGAGCACAAGGAAGAGGAGACGGAGGAUGUUCUCGCAUCUAACGGGUAUGAAUCAGACGAGCUGGAGAAGAGUGUCUAUCAGGACUACGACAGUGACAGCGACGUCCCAGAUGAGCUCAAGCAGGACUACGUUGAUGAGCAGACAGGCGACGCCCCUCUGAAGAGCGUGUCCCGAGAGACCAUAAGAAGCAAGAAAAAGUCAGAUUACAACCUGAGCAAGGCCAGCGCGCCGAUUCUCACCAACACCACCCUCAACGUCAUCCGGCUUGUUGGAAAGUACAUGCAGAUGAUGAACAUCCUGAAACCGAUUGCCUUUGAUGUCAUCCACUGUGUAUCGCAGCUCUUUGAUUACUACCUUUAUGCUGUAUACACCUUCUUUGGACGCAAUGACAUGCCCGUCCCAAGCCCAUCUCUGCCCACCUAUAGUGGCAGAGAGGCAGUCCCAGCCAGGGUGGUGGGCCCUGCCUGCUUGUAUGAGUCAUCGGGUUUGGGCCUCAUCAGCAGCCGACUGAGAACCACACUGAACCGGAUCCAGGAGAGCCUCAUUGACAUGGGUCCUGUUGGGGAGAAUGCAGGAGUCCAUGGCCCCCCAGAGGACAGGAAGGAGAAGGUCCCCAGUCCUCACCUGAGCCAGAUGGUGAUCCUCACAGACAGUGGAACUCUCUAUGGGCUGGCACAGAGAGUGGUGGCCACCGAGUCUCUUGUGUUUUUGGCUGAGCAGUUUGAGUCCCUGCAGUCUCAUUUGGACACAAUGAUGCCUGCUGCCAAGAAACCAUUCCUGCAACAGUUUUAUUCCCAGACGGUGUCCACAGCCAGCGAACUGCGCAAACCAAUAUACUGGAUAGUAGCAGCCAAGGCUAUAGACUACGAGCAAAUGCUGCUUAUGAUGGCCGGAGUUAAAUGGGAUAUCAAAGAGAUAAUGUCGCAGCACAACGUUUAUGUGGAUGUUCUGCUGAAGGAGUUUGAGCAAUUUAACAAGCGGAUUGGUGAUGUUUCCAGACAUGUGCGCAUUCCUCUGCCUGUGUCCAACGUCCUGUGGGAGCACUGCAUCCGCCUGGCUAACAGGACUUUGGUUGAAGGCUACGCUAACGUAAAGAAAUGUAGCAACGAGGGCCGAGCCCUGAUGCAGCUGGACUUUCAGCAGUUCCUAAUGAAGCUGGAGAAACUGACUGACCUGCGUCCCAUCCCCGACAAGGAGUUUGUGGAGACCUACAUCAAGGCGUAUUACCUUACUGAGAACGACAUGGAGCAGUUUAUCAAAAACCACAGGGAGUACUCCAUGAAGCAGCUGGCCAAUUUGGUGAACGUGUGUCUGGGCUCGCACAUCAACAAAAAGGCUCGUCAGAAACUCCUGGCUGCCAUCGAUGACAUCGACAGACCAAAGAGAUAGACUCGCGAACGUCUCGUUUAAGCAAACGAGUAGAGAUGAAUGUGAGCGAAAACUCACAGCUGAAUGUUUUCUUUUACAGUUUAAAUUAUGAAGGAUUCAGAGAACUGCGCAAUAUACACAACUGAAGACGUCAGUCUAAGUCACAUUUGUCAGCCUGUUGAUAAUAUAUAUCAAUGUUGUCCUUAUAUGGUCACAAACACAAGCUCCUGUUGUUGAAUGCGCUCCGUGUACGUCAACUUGUAUUUCACAUUAAAGGCGUUGCAGGUUUUCUACGCACAGAUGGAUUAUAAGUUAGCUGCUUUCUCUUUUGUAAUCAAAUUUGAGCUUUUCUCAUAUAAACUUCUAAAACAUCACAGGUAUGGAUAUGACACAACAGGUUCUGUUAGACAGAAGAUGCAUUGAUUUGAUAAUGUCGCACCGUUCUGUCUGAAUGUGUUCACUUAUAGUGGGAGAGUUGAUCAGCAUUAAUGACUCACUCUUCCAGGCCGUACUGUACGCUCGCUGUAUAAUAUUUGGCUUCAGGGCGUUGUUCGUCGUCCCUGACUGGAAUGUGUGCGUUUUUUAUUUUUAUUUUGUUUUGUUCUGUCCACAAAUUAGAUAAAUGUAAUAUAAAGAUGAUGAUUCUGAAAAUAAUAUAAAUUACUAUAGUUUGCCCUGCUGUUAUGUGUUUGCACCAACUGUGUGUGUUUCUGUCCCUUCUCAGGAGAGGUGUGUUUUCCAUUUUGGUCAUCUCGCUCAGUGUCCUCAUUCAGUGUGACCUUCACUCAGCAGUGAAACUCGGUUUAUUUGAGCUGAUUUGCAAGCUGAGAAUUGUCAAUAAUAAUAUUUAGAAGAGCACCGAUUAGGGUUUUGCAGCCAAUUUCCCACCUGCAAUUACAGGCUUAUUCAGAUUUAUGCUUUAGAUAAUAUCGUAAAACUAAGAUAAAGUUUUUAUAUAUUUAUUUCAGAAAUUAGUGCAGCUAGCUUACCAUAGCUAAAAAAAAAAAAUCUGCAUCUGCAUGUAUUUCUAGAGGAUGUUGAUUCUUUUUCUCACCUCGGAGAUUUCCAAAAGGCUACCAACAUUUCCAUAUUUGCCAUGAUCCAUGAAGCGGUCGCGAAAGGUUAAAACUAACCAACUCUGUUGUAACGUGUUUCUUUAGGUUUUGCUCUCUUGAAGCCUUGAUGAACUGCAGAUACUUCAACAUCUUUUAGAACAUAAUUUACUUAGAAAUCAUCUCUCUGCUUCAUCUGGCCUCAUUGUUGACACGUCGCUGGCACUGAAAACGGCUUACUGUUUCCUUCAGUAACAGCAUCCACAACGAAGAGUUUAGUGUUGUGUUGUGCAUUCACUGACUGGAAAAAUAUGGAAUAACUGCAUUUCUGGCUCACUGGCCAUCAAUGUUGCAUCUCAAAAAAAAAAAUUAGAUAAUAGCCGAAACAUGUUGUGAACCAGAUGUUCCCACCCCAGAUUUUUCUGUGGGAUUUGUUUGGGAUUUUUUUUGAGGAGACAUUCCACAUAUUGGAGCAAUAGGACUCUGUUAAAUUUACAGUAAGGCUUAAGAUAAAAAGUUUCUACUAUAUCUGUAAGUUUAAUUUGAAAACAUAUUUCACACCUGUUUGUGGUAUUAGCAGAAACCAACAUUUAAACAAAGCUUUACCUUGAAAAUGCCAACAUUUGCAUAGAACAUUAAAAAUAACAACUCAUUCUGUUACAUAAAGAACUUAGGCUUCAAGUACAUUUCCAUAUUAUAUGAAAUAAUUCAGAUCCUGUUGUCUGGUCAGACAAUAUUCACUUCAAGGGUUCAACUUUUAAAAAUGCAUUUUUGAACCAAGUCAGCAAAACCUGAUGCAAUAGUCAUUUAAAAACAUUCUUACCUUAUUUUAAAGUGUUUAUCUCAUUUAGAGACUUGCAUCUAACAAAAUUCUAGAAUAAAAUGUGCAAAUUUGAUUAAAAUCCUGCAAAGCAUUGUUAUUGUUGUCUGUAUGAGCACAUUAAAUUAUCAACUAUGCAAGUUAGACCUCACGACCACGUUUGGGUGAAAAGGGUGGCUUUGUACUGAUAAAUGAGUCCCACGUUGUUCUAAUUUAAUAAAACAGUUUGGGAUUUAUCCAUAUUUGUCUCCAAAAUAUCAUCCAUACACAGUUAAAGCAUAAAGGCAAAACUUUCCUGGAUAAAAGAACGGAGCAGCUGAGAGGCUUCCUUUAUUCACCUAACCGUCUAAAAAUGGAAAAAAUAAAAAUAAAUAAAUAAAUCAAGUUCCAGUUUUUGCGGUAGCCUCAUCGGUUCAUCUUGUGUGCAGCUAUUUCAGGAAAACAAACUGUAAAUAUGAAUACUUUGGACAAUGGCUGUAUUUCUUUCAUGCCUUUUUCUGUUGUUCUUUUUAUAUGACCGCUGUUGUGGAUGUUAUCACCUCGUGUAACUUAUCAUCCGAGUCAAAGACAAACAUUUAACGAUCAAGUUGAACUUCAAGUGCACUAUAGUGAAAAUCUGUGUGUAAUGAUUGUUGUUACUGUAGGGGGAAGAAGGAUGACAAAUAAAUGAAUACACUAACACUG